AAGCAAGACAGCAUGGAUCGGUGGCAGAAUCGCGUCGCCGUUGUAACCGGAGCCAGUUCUGGGAUUGGUUCGGCCAUUGCGGUGGAUCUGGUGAAUGCUGGACUAGUUGUCGUGGGAUUGGCACGUCGCGUUGAACGUAUUGAAGAGCUGCAGAAAUCGUUGCCAGCUACACGUCGAGAGAAGCUAAUUGCGCUCCACUGCGAUGUGGGCAAUGAGAGUUCGGUUAAGGAGGCCUUCGAUACUAUUGAAAAGCAACUGGGCGGCAUCGAUAUCCUGGUGAAUAAUGCCGGCGUUGCGAUCCCCGGCCAACUGGUGGACAUGCCAACCGCCACGAUCCAGACAGUUGUGCAGACAAAUAUAAUGGGCAUCGUCAAUUGCACACAGCGCGCCUUUCGCUCGAUGAAGCAACGCAAUUUCGAUGGUCAUAUUAUCCUUAUCAACAGCAUUCUGGGCCACAAACUGUUUUCUCCUAUGGGGACUAAUGCACCCAAUGUGAACAUCUAUGCGCCCAGCAAACAUGCGGUCACCGCUCUAACUGAAAUGUAUCGCCAGGAAUUCAUGGGUCUGGGAACGCGCAUUAAAAUCACGAGCAUUAGUCCGGGUGUUGUAGAUACGGAAAUUCUACCGGAUAGCUUCCGUGAGGCUGUUGGAAAAACAAUGCUAAGACCCCAGGAUAUUUCCCAGGCCGUAAUGUUUACCCUUUCGACUCCUCCACAUAUGCAAGUGCACGAGAUGAUAAUUAAGCCAGUCGGCGAGAUGUUCUAAACUUUAUUAUCUUUUUGGUGUUUCGUUGUUGUUAUAAAUAUAAGAACACCUUUAAAAGUUCUUAAGCACAUGUUUCACUAAAAAACCAAAGGAUACAAUGGUGUUUUUUUCUGAUGUAAGCAUUUUAAUAUAACUGUAGCUCCAGUUGCGAU